AUGCUUGUUAUUAGUUUGAAGAAAGAUGAUCUUCCUAUAGAUUGUAAGGACCUUCUUCAAAAAGGUCACACUACUUCCGGUGUGUAUGAGCUUUAUCCCUAUGACACCAGCUCCCGUCCUGUCAGAGCUUACUGCGAUAUGGAGACAAUGGACGGAGGAUGGACGGCUAUCCAAAAACGUGUCAAUGGAUCAGUGAGUUUUUACAGGACGUGGGCGGAAUAUAAGAAUGGAUUUGGUGACCCGGAGCAGGACUUUUGGAUUGGAAAUGACGUAAUCCAUCAGUUAACAAAGGGAAACGACUCAUCCCUCUACGUUUCCAUCACACUGGUGAACGGCAGAAGGCUGUACGAGUUUUACGAUCAGUUCUUAGUUUCCUGUGAAAUGGAGAACUAUCAACUCUCUCUGGCGGGGAACGCAUCCGGAACCCUAGGUAUAUGGAAAAGUAGAAUUUGUACCUCUUCUAACAAAAAUGUACUAUAG